UGCUCAUUCUGUUCAGAAACAAAAGGAAAAAAGGAAAACCCUAGGGUUUCAAUCCUCGCUCGAGCUCAGAGAAAUGGCGGAAGACGAAGAGGACUACGUCUUCUACGGCACUCCGAUCGAGCGCGAGGAGGACACGUCAGCUCGCAAGCGAAAGGCCAUCGCCGACGCUGGCCAGCUCCGCAGCCUCCCUUCUUGGAAACAAGAAGUGAGAGAUGAAGAAGGCCGUCGAAGAUUUCACGGAGCAUUUACUGGGGGAUAUUCUGCUGGCUACUACAAUACUGCUGGGUCAAAAGAGGGAUGGACUCCUCAGACAUUCACAUCAUCACGUAAAAAUCGGGCAGAAAUGAAAAAACAGAACAUCUAUAGCUUUUUGGAUGAUGAGGAUGUAAAGGACAUGGGCGGACAUGCACUGGAGACAUCCUCUCAAUUUGAUACCUUUGGAUUUACUGCUGCAGAAGUUGCUCGUAAGGAAGCUGAGAAAGAACAGCAAAAGAGACCAUCGGCUAUUCCUGGACCUGUUCCUGAUGAAAUACUUCUUCCUGCAGCAAGUUCUAUUGGCAUCAAGUUGUUGGUCAAGAUGGGAUGGCGGCGUGGACAUGCAAUUAAGGAGACCCAUGCAGAUUCAUUAUAUGAUGCACGUAGAGAGGCGAGAAAAGCAUUCCUUGCACUGUCCGGUAAUGAAAAGAGUUCUGAACCUUCUCAGAUUGAAUUGAGUAAGAACAGCCUCAAAGAUACAUCUGAAAGAUAUGAUGAUGUCAUUUCUUCUCAAAGCACCCCUGUGUAUGUACUCAACCCGAAGCAGGACUUACAUGGCUUGGGUUAUGAUCCUUUUAAGCAUGCUCCUGAAUUUAGAGAUAGAAAGAUGUUGCAUGAUUCGAAACGUAAAGAUUACGGUACAAGAACUGAUGUUUCAUCAAGGAGUAAAUUUUCAGCUUCUGACUCAGGAAAAUAUGCUCCAGGUUUGAUUGGAGCACUUGAGGAACUUGAUGUUGAAGAUGAGGAUAUAUAUUCAUCUGGUUUUGAGUAUGUUGGAAUGGAAGUUCAAGAAGAAGAACCCUCAAAAGAAAUCCCAGACAAAAAGCUUAAACUGGAAUACAGAAAGCAGGGUGUUCUUCCUGGUUUCAAAGUUGCAUCAAAUUCUGACUAUAGUUUGGAAAGAUUUUAUCCUCCUGUUAUCCCCCCUGAUUUUGAGCCUAUUCAUAAGUUUACAUCCCCACUGGAGACCAUGGAGAAAUUUGCUGAAUCUCCCCCUUUAGAGGUUCCUCCUCCAGAAGACAACAAUUUGAGAUUAUUGAUAGAUGGGUUUGCAACUUUGGUUGCUCGCUGUGGUAAAUUAUUUGAAGAUCUCUCCAAGGAAAAGAACGAAUCCAAUCCAUUAUUUUCAUUCCUUAGUGGUGGAAAUGGUCAUCUAUACUAUGAAAGAAAAUUGUGGGAGGCUAAGCAGAAAACUGGUCAACAAAGGCAGGUGGCUGCAUCAUUUGACCGAAAGAUGACAGCUGAGAGUCGUGGGAGAAUUUUAGGUGAAAAGCCCUUGGAGAGAAGCGCCCAAAUUUCAACCACAUUUGUCGCCCAUAAAGAAAUUCAUUUUCAGUCCAACCUUUCUGAUGCUUUCACAAAACCCACAUCAGUUGUUGACUCCUCAGAACCUGCUAAACCUUUCAAAGAUGAUCCUGCAAAGCAGAAAAGAUUUGAGCAAUUUUUGAAGGAUAAAUAUCAAGGUGGCCUUCGUUCCACGUAUGCUGGCGGUAGAAGCGCACUGUCUGAUACAGAUCGUGCUCGGGAAAGACUGGACUUUGAGGCUGCAGCAGAGGCAAUUGAGAAAGGGGAAUGGAACACAAAAUCUAAUAUUCCAUUGAGCCAGCAAGGAUUGAAACUCCUUGGUGAUGAAAGUGGCUUUGUGCCUUCUACCACAGUUGAGACACAACAAAUUUCUGAAGUUGAAGAGAAGAUGGUGGAUAAAAUGUACCCUAAGAGGGAGGAAUUUCAGUGGCGUCCCUCUGCGAUUCUAUGCAAGAGAUUUGAUCUUAUUGAUCCUUUCAUGGGGAAGCCACCACCACUCCCAAGAGCCCGAAGCAAGUUUGAUGCUCUCAUCUAUAUGCCGGUUUCUAGUCCACAAGUUACCAGUGCAGACACUACUUCAAAAAGAGAUCCAUCACCUGCUUCUCAAUCUAAACUGCAAGAAAGUGAGGAACAACCUAAUAAAGAGGAUCCCGACUCCAAAACUAAUGCCACAAUUGUGCAGAAGCCCGUUGAUCUUUACAAGGCAAUCUUUUCUGAUGAUUCUGAUGAUGAAGAGGAAAAUGCUGGAGUCAGCUCUGUGGCGGAUCCAGGGAAAAAGAUUGAAGGGGUUAAUACUACUCUAAAUCGUCUGGUAGCUGGGGAUUUCUUGGAGUCUUUAGGUAAAGAGCUUGGGCUAGAGGUUCCACCAGAAUCACUCCCAGUGAACAAGACCACCAGCUCCGCUUCUUUGAUAGAUGAGAAGGUCAAGGACUCCUUGAACGUUGACAAAGAAAAUUCCUGAUCAUGCAAACACUAUAAGAAAAGACCAAACCAUAACUUUCAUAAGAGAUCAAGAUGACGGUAAAAUUUCUGAUCAUAAAGAGAAUAGAAAUAAAGCAGAAAAAAGGGAACAUCGAUCUAGGAAGCAUAGAUCUCACAGACGUAGCAGUACUUCGGAUACUGAUUCAUCGAAUGAUGAUGGACAUAAUGGGCAUUCCAAGUCUAGAUCUGAAAAAAGGUCUUCAUCAAAGAGAAAAAGAAAACAUUUGGAUCAUCACAGUCGCAAGAGAAGUAGAUCUCCUAGCAGAUAUUCAAGCCGUGACAAGGACAGGGAUUUAUCAGAUGAUGAUAGAAAGGAUAGGAGAUCUAGGGACAAGGAGAAAUAUUCUCGCAAAAAGCACCAUUGAGGUAUGGAAGUUCAUGCAUUAUGAUUUCACAAAGCUUUUAUGAAUAUUGUGGUCCCGUCAUAGUUUUGCUGCAUAUAAAGUUGAAAUGUUCAGGUUAUGUGAAAUCAUGGCACUUUUUAUUUGAGUAUCAUGUCCCAUAGAAGGCCAGUUACUUAAUGCAUGAGGAUCUGAUCAUCUUUCAUUAAAAACUGUUUGAUAAUGUGAAAAGAAGAAGGGAGCUGUCUGUAGAUAUUGAAAUCAGGGUUUUCCUUGUGUUGCUUGCAAAAAGGCGUGCAUGAUCUUUUAUGUUCGGCCACGAGACUGCAGACUUUCAUUAUGAGGUUGAUUUGUAUGACCAAACUUGUAUGCUACUCUGUUUCCCAUCUUUCUGUUAUGAUAUUAUAUCACGUCCUAAGCAAAAUAAUGUGACGCAAUUAUCAGUCAUCAUGCACACGUACUCUUAGUUUUCUUCGUUUUCA